AUGGCCAACGAGGCAAACCCCGACGAGCCGUCUUACGUCGACUACGAGACCUUCCUGUCCCCCGACUUCAGCUCCGCCGCCUUCGCCAACUCCCUCGUCGUCGCCACAAACAACCCCAACGACACGCCCCUCGACCUCUCCACGCCGCUCUCGCGCGUGCUCUUCGACGCCCAAGAGGUCGACUCCCACAUCGACCUCCUCACCACCCGCUCCGCCGUGCCCCUGCUGCAGCACACGCAAACCCAGACCGCCGCAAGCAAGCACAUCAUCGCCGAGCUCGACACCCAGAUCAAGAGCCUCAACGACAGCUACAGGCAGCUCGAGAAGGAGGUCAUCGACAAGCAUGCCGAGGCCGACGAGGUCCGCCAGGUUGCCCUCCGCCUCUGGGAGACGCUGCGCCUCGGCCGCUCCGUCGGACGCUGCCUGCAGCUCGGCCGGCAGCUGCAGCUGCAGCACUCGGAGCUUAGCGGCGGGCCGGGAUCCCGCGAGGACCUCGGUGCGCUCGUCAGAUGCUCAUACACGAUUCUCUCUCUACGGGAGGUCCUCGACGCCAAGGCGCCUGGCGAGGAGGGCCACGGGCUGAACCGCGUCGACGCCAUCCGCGCGCUGCAAGACAGCGUCAUCACUCCGAUAGAACGAUCUGUCCGGGAGACGGCAGACCGUGUCGUCCGUGAGUUCUCUGUCAUCGGCAACACGACAUUUGCGCAGGGCGAGGAGGCCAGGGCCAAGAUGGAGCCUGCUAUGGCGGCGCUCUAUCUUUUGUCGCCAACAUUGGGCGUCAAGCCGGACCGCUGGACACCAAGACUACUGCUCGAGGCUCUGGAACGGUACAUGCGCUCAGCGCUGCAGACCAGCAUCACGACCCUGUCGCGCUCGCUGGGACAGCUGCCAUCGCUUGACCGUGCGCUGGCAGAGGUCACGUCCAAGUGCCAGAGCAUCGUCGGCCUCGAGGUCGUGCUCGAGUCGACCAAGCCACCUGUCCACCCGCUCCUCCCGACGGCCAGCGCGAGCGCGCAGAAGCAGACUACGACAGGCGGCAAUCUCCUCCAGCCAUUGCUGUCGCACCUCGAGACGGGCUCGCUCGCGUCGUACUUUUGGCGCACCAUGGCCGGCAGCCUGGCGACGCGCGUGCAGGACAUUGUCAGCCGCGGGGGCGUUGUCGCGCGCACGCUCAAGACGAACAAGGGCAACGUCAGCGACGCGAUCCGGCUGGCCGUCGUCAGGGGCUGUCAGCCGCCCGGCGCACUGUCUGCGGGCAAGGGCAAGGGGAAGACGGGCGAGGCGAACUGGGACCGCGAGGUGGCCGUCAUGGUGGGCAGCGUGGUCAACAACCUGGGCCGGUAG